UACCCUAAUUCAUCAUCGAUCGUCAUUCGAAAAUCACGGGCAAGCCGCAAUCGAUUCCGUUCCGAUUUGCGGAUCAAAAAACCAUUAGAAAAAUGUCUCCACUCUGGACAUUAGUAACGGGAUUGGUGCUUUUGGUUUGUGCCAGACCCGCUCGAGCCGAACCUGGUGAAACGCUGGUGCUGCUGGACAAUCUGGCUAUCCGGGAAACGCACUCGAUUUUUUUCAAAGGACUGCAAGAACGCGGCUAUAAGCUGACCUACAAACUGGCCGAUGACGCCAACCUGGUUUUGUCCAAGUACGGGGAAUUCUUGUACAAGCAUCUGAUCCUGUUUGCUCCCUCGGUGGAAGAGUUUGGAGGAUCCCUGAGCGUGGAAACGAUUACCGAUUUCGUGGACAACGGAGGGAACGUGCUGGUGGCCGGUAGUUCAAGCGCUGGGGAUGCCUUGAGGGAGCUGGCCAGCGAAUGUGGCUUCGAAGUGGACGAGGAAAACGCAGCCGUUAUCGAUCAUCUGAACUACGAUGUUUCGGAUGCUGGGGAUCACACGUUGAUUGUGGCUUCACCGGAAAAUCUGAUCGAUUCGGAGAUCAUUGUCGGUAAAAAGAAUGUUGGCCCGUUGCUAUACAAGGGAACCGGACUGUUGGCCGAUAAGGAAAAUCCAUUGGUGCUGCAACUGUUGACGGCCGAUAGUACUGCGUAUAGCUACAUUCCGGAUUCUCCGAUCAAGGAGUACCCACAUGCUGUUGGCAAAGGAACUCUGCUGAUUGCAGCCCUUCAAGCCCGAAACAAUGCUCGGGUUGUGUUCUCCGGAUCGUUGUACUUCUUCUCGGAUGAAGCUUUCUUGUCGGCUGUUACUCGAGUUCAGGAUGGAAAGUUGCAUUCCAAAUCCGGUAAUCAGGAUGUAGCGAAUGCUAUCAGCGGAUGGGUGUUUGGCGAAAAUGGCGUUAUCCGAGUUAAAUCGGUUACCCAUCACAAGGAGGGAGAAUCGAGCCCGCCAGCUUCGUACACCAUCACCGAUCCCGUCGUGUACACCAUCGAAAUCGAGACUCUAGCCGCGGCCAGUGGCAAAUGGCAACCCUUCCAGGCCAACGAUGUUCAGUUGGAGUUUGUCCGCAUCGAUCCGUUCGUCCGCACCACGCUGAAAUCGAUCGGCGGAGGUCGCUACCAGGCCAAGUUCAAAAUUCCGGACGUUUACGGGGUGUACCAGUUCAAGGUCAACUACGAUCGGAUCGGUUACACGCAGCUGUACUCGACGACCCAGGUCAGCGUGAGACCACUUACCCAUACCCAGUACGAGCGAUUCAUUCCGAGCGCCUAUCCGUACUACGUGAGCGCCUUCUCGAUGAUGGUGGGCGUGUUCCUAUUUUCGUUCCUGUUCCUGCACUUCAAGGACGAAGGCGUCACCGGAAAGACCGGCUCGGAAAAGAAGUCUCAGUAAAUUAGCCAGCAGGCCUCACUCGAAGUAGCGAGAGCCUUUUCGACACGAUAUUCGUGUGGCGUAUCAUCAGAUAAGUGUUUGCAGCAAAGAAACUCACAAAAUGUGCGAAAUUGAAUAAAAUAAAUUGAUGCAAUGUU